AUGAAGUUGCAGGGUUUGUUCUUGGUGGCUAUUAUAUGCCUUUCUUACACGCAGCUGGUCAAGGGGCAACCCUCUACCAAUUGCUCAACAACAACCUGUGGCAAGGUUACACUUGAGUACCCAUUUGGCACUUCUUUUUCUCAUGAUCCAGAUUGUUACCGUUCCGAAGAUCCUAGUUUCAAACUCACUUGUGACAAGGAGAAGCUACUCUUUGAUGACCUCGAAGUGGUCCACGUCAAUUAUAAUGCAAGCCAGCUACGAGUCCUGAUUCCAGUAUCAUACGUUUGCUUCAACAGCCAAGGACAUAUAAGUUCUGAAUCCAACUUGAUUGGGCGGCUGGGAAAUCUAACUCUCUCCAAAAACAACAUGCUUACUGCAGUUGGCUGUGACAUGGUCGCGUAUCUGUCAACUGCUGGAUCUCGAAGAAGAACUUCAGUAGGAUGCGUAUCAAUAUGUGAUGAUCCUCUUCCCCAAGUAACAGAUCGUCAAUGUAAUGGUGUAGGUUGCUGCCAGAGCCCAGUCCCUGCUUGGAGCAAUAUUUUCAUAGUCAGCAGAAAUCGCCUUAGAUACACUUCUGUGCGUAGUUCUACUAGUCCUUGCAUCUACGCUUUUCUCGUUGAGAAUGGCACUUUUAAGGUCAGUGGUGUGGAAAGUGUUACGAAUCUGCAGAAUACGAGGUUUCCUGUGUUAUUAGAUUGGUCUAUUAGAGGAGAGACAUGCGAGCAAGUUGGAGGAAUCAAAAAAUGCGGUGCGAACAGCGAGUGUUCCAACUCUACUGACAACACUGGGUAUGUCUGCAAAUGUUUACAAGGUUUUUAUGGGAAUCCAUACCUUCGCGAAGAAGGCUGCAAAGAUAUCGAUGAAUGUACUCAUCCUAUCCACAAACAUAAUUGUCCGGAAUUCAGCACCUGUGAGAACAUCCCUGGAAGCUUUCUUUGUAAUUGCAAAUCUGGUUACGACUUAGAUACCACCACUAAUAUCUGCAUUCCAAAAGACAGCCCUGAAUACUAUACAAAAUGGACUCAAACUGUUCUUGGAACCACCAUCGGCUUCUUGGCCAUCCUGCUUGUCGUUAGCUGUGUACAACAGAGGAUGAAGCACCGGAAGGACGCCAAACUCCGACAACAAUUCUUCGAGCAAAACGGCGGUGGAAUGUUGAUGCAGAGACUCUCAGGAGCAGGGCCAUCAAAUGUUGAUGUCAAGAUCUUUACUGAGGAAGGCAUGAAGGAAGCAACUAAUGGUUAUGAUGACAGCAGAAUCCUGGGCCAGGGAGGCCAAGGAACAGUUUACAAAGGAAUAUUGCCAGACAACUCUAUAGUUGCUAUAAAGAAGGCUCGGCUUGGAGACAAUAGCCAAGUCGAGCAGUUCAUCAACGAAGUGCUAGUACUUUCACAAAUCAACCAUAGGAACGUGGUCAAGCUCUUGGGCUGCUGUCUAGAGACUGAAGUUCCAUUGUUGGUCUAUGAGUUCAUUACCAGUGGCACCCUUUUCGAUCACUUGCACGGUUCCAUGUUUGAUUCCUCCUUUACAUGGGAACACCGUCUGAGGAUAGCCGUAGAAGUCGCUGGAACUCUCGCAUAUCUCCACUCCUCUGCUUCUAUUCCAAUCAUCCACCGCGAUGUCAAGACUAAUAUUCUCCUGGACGAAAACUUGACUGCAAAAGUAGCCGAUUUUGGGGCCUCAAGACUGAUACCGAUGGAUAAAGAACAGCUCACAACAAUGGUGCAAGGCACUCUCGGUUACUUAGACCCAGAAUACUAUAACACGGGAUUGCUAAACGAAAAGAGCGAUGUCUAUAGCUUUGGGGUAGUCCUCAUGGAACUGAUCUCCGGUCAAAAGGCAUUGUGCUUUGAAAGGCCACAGUACUCAAAACAUCUGGUCAGUUACUUUGCUUCUGCCACAAAAGAGAAUAGGUUGCAUGAGGUUAUCGAUGGGCAAGUGAUGAACGAAGAUAAUGAGAGGGAGAUCCAGGAAGCUGCAAGGGUUGCUGUUGAAUGUACAAGAUUGACGGGAGAGGAAAGGCCAAAGAUGAAGGAAGUCGCUGCAGUGCUUGAGGGCUUGAUAGCCACAAAAACCAAACAUCAGUGGUCGGAUCAGUAUCCUGAGCCAAUGGAGUUCGAACACUUGCUCGGCGUUGAAAUCUUAUCAGCACAGGAUGAAACCAGUAGCACUGGCUAUGACAGCAUCAAGAAUGUAGCAAGGUUGGACAUCGAAGCUGGCCGCUGA